UGACCCAUCUCCGCUGGCGCAACCUCUUUACGCAUCUUGUUUUUUGAUCAACAAACAUCGGUGGCAAGUUGCGAGAACAACUUUGAGGCUAGCCACUGAGACCAUACAGAAGCACCUGUUGGACGUCAUUGGCAAGUUCCCUGUCCGACGGGCUCAGUCUUAGAACUAAGUCACCUAACAUCGUACAAGCCACCCCUCAUACUCUGGUCAUGGCGGUCAAACCUGACGAAGUAUUCAAACUGCUAUUCCAACAAGAGAAACUAGUGUUGGAUAACCGGCAGAGAGUCACCCAUAUCUAUGACAGAGGCGAGUUCUUUCGACUGAAGAGCGAACAACAAAACCACCCAAUUCAAAGAACCAAUGGGGUAUCCAGAAGAUCAGAAGUCGUUCACUUUGAACGCGGUUGUAUUGAAAAUAUUGCCGGCGAACUCGACGACGCCAGGACUUUUAGUCCCGUCGACCCAGAAAAGUGCUUCAUACCGCGGCGCAAGUUUAACCAGAUCAUGACCUUGAGUCGAGUUCGGUCUAUCGUCCACGAGCUUCAUUGCUUUAGGGAUGUGAAAGACAAGGAUCAGCUCGCCAUGGAAAUACGAUAUGGCAGUCUGGAUGGAACCAAGUCCCCUUGCGUCAAGCUACUCGCAAUUCUGAUUGCAAUCGACAAAGCUGAGGAUAUGGAAAGACACAUGGCGGGUGACGGACUCAGAGACAUCUGCCUGCCUCUAAAUAGGGUGGUUAGCGGCAAUAAUGAAACUCUUCGGUGCAGGAAACACGGAGAAUAUCACUUCAUCAACAGCUAUCGUCGGUCAAGCCUUCGAAGCAGAUUUGCCCAAUGGACAUACUCACUUUACUCCCCUUUCAUCAAAUGGGAGCAUGGAAAACAUCAUCAUUACUUGCUCGAUACAGGAGACGUCCUUCCCAUGGAGACUGUGGACCAGGUGAAGGAAGAGGAAAGGAAAUCGGAUUCUGGAGGAAAUUUAUAUGGAGGCUUCAGCGAGGUCUACAAAGUGAAGAUCUACGAAGACCAUUUCGAUUUUGGAGUGCAUGGGCUUCGACACCCACAAGGCUACUUUGCGCUGAAGAAGCUUACGUCUCAUAGUCGCGACAAUUUCAAUCUUGAAUUGUCGUCACUCGUCUCCACUGCUCAGAACUAUCAAAAGAAACACAUCAUCCAGCUUUUGGCCACUUUCGAGGUCAAAAAUGCGGCGACAAGGGAGUCGACCUUCUAUCUCUUGUUUGACUGGGCUGAUGGAACUUUGAACAAAUUUUGGCAGAGCAAUCAAGCUCUGGUGAGAGAUAAGCAGCACUGCGAAUGGAUGGCCACUCAAUUUUAUGAAGUCUGCGAGGCCCUUCGCUACGUUCAUAACGACCGUGAACCAACUGUACGAUAUCUGGAAGACCGAGACUCCAACAAGCAGCUGUAUGGACGUCAUGGAGACAUCAAGCCAGGGAAUAUUCUAUGGUUCAGAUCUAAGAGAUUUCCUCAUCCUGGUACCCUGGCACUGGCUGAUUUCGGUCUCGGAAGAUUACAUACCCAAGUCUCCCGCUCAAAGCAAGACCCCAACAACUUGGAGCGUACGGCAACAUACCGCUGCCCAGAAUUCGAUCUGGAAUUCGGUCUCGUGUCUCCACGAUCUGACAUUUUCAGUCUUGGAUGUGUUUUCCUCGAAUACGUCACCUGGUUUUUGCUCGGAGUUGAAGCCGUGGACGAAACCUUUAGUGAAUACAGAAUGGAACAAGAUAAACACGGCUUCAACUCCGAUGUCUUUUUCUCCAUCAAAGAAGAAAGGGCUUUCCUCAAGGGCUCAGUUAUCACAUGGAUCGCGAAGCUUCAGAAUCACCGUGAUUGCUCUUGGUAUAUCUGGGAAUUGCUUGAAGUCAUUCGAGAUCGCAUGCUAGAUCCCGAAUCAAAAACGAGAAUCCCAUCGAGCUUACUAAGCAAACGAAUGAAGGAACUUUUGAAAGCUUGCACCGACGACUCUGAUUACUAUCUCAAGCCGAAACGCUGAGGUUCGCGAAAUAGAUGGCUGAGAGGCGCAGGCACUUUUCCCGAGGCCUGGGAUGGUGAAUGGACUACAAAUCCUUCACGCUCUCAAGCCAAAGCCUAGAAGCAAGAACUGUACUUAAGCCCUUACCAGAUCUCAAUCAUAUAGGUAGAAACCAUGUUUCCCUGUUCAACGA